GCGAUUAUGUUAAAAAAAAAAAGAAAACAUAAAAGAUGGAAAAAUAGGCGUUGGUGGGUUCGUCCUAUCAACUUACAAAGAGAUAAUUUUGAUGAUUUUACAGUUCUAGUUAAAGAACUUAAAAAGGACAAUGAUCUUUUUUUCCGCUAUACUAGAAUGUCAUUAGCAGUGUACAAUAAUCUUUUGAAAAAGAUAUCGCCAUUAUUAAUGAAAACUAGUUUAAGGAAGCCACUAAUACCAGAGCAGCGUUUGUUAAUAACAUUAAGGUACCUAGCUGGGGGAGAAUCCAUAUUAUCUAUUGCUUUAAAUUACCGUGUAGGUGAAUCAACUGUUCGUGCUGUAAUUAUUGAAACUUGCUCAGUUAUUAUUGAUGUAUUAUCAUCUGUUUAUCUGAAACAACCUGACGAAAAAGAUUGGCUCCAUAUUUCCAAAGGAUUCAGUGAUAUUUGGAACAUGCCUAAUUGCGUAGGAGCAAUUGACGGGAAGCAUAUCUUAAUUGAAGCACCUCCUAAUUCCGGAUCUCAGUAUUAUAACUAUAAAAAGACAUUCAGCAUUGUUCUCUUGGCUGCAUGUGACCAUGAAUAUAAAUUUACACUGGUAGAUAUUGGAGCUUAUGGAAGUGAAAGUGAUGGUGGAAUUUUCAGUAGAUCAGAAAUAGGUCAAGGCAUAAAACAUAAUACCUUGCAUUUACCACCAGUUCAUGCUUUUCUUCCUGGCACUAAUAUGAAAACAGCAUAUUAUUUUGUAGGCGAUAAUGCUUUUGAAUUAUCUCGUCAUUUAAUGAAGCCUUAUCCUCAAAAAAACCUUAUUAGAGAAAAAAAGAUAUACAAUUACAGAUUGUCGCGUGCUAGAAGCAUGAUAGAACGUGCAUUUGGAAUUUUGGUUCAACGAUGGAGGAUACUUUCAAAACGUAUAAGGAUGAAUAUUGAUAAAGUUGAAAAAAUAGUUGCAGCUUGUAUAUGUCUCCACAAUUUUAUAAUAUGUAUGGAAUCCAAACUAUCAUCAGCACACACAAACAAGAGGUACUUAUCAAACCAGUAUUUUGGAGAUAAUGAAGAAAAUAUGGAAGAUCGAGCUGCAUACAAUCAUAUGUUGCCUCUAGCACCUACUGUUGCUCAUCGAGCUACAAUUGAAGCUAAUCGACAACGUGAUGACUUACUUACUUGGAUGAAUAGCCCACACGGUGAAGUAUCGUGGCAAUACGAUUAUAUUUUUAGGGGAACGUAUAGAGACAAUCAUUAA